CAGUUCUUUCUUCGCCCUCAGCCGACUCGGAUCGCGUCCCGCCUCACAAGCCGGAGAGGAUCUCAGUCGUUGCUACCAACAACCAUCCCCCCAAACAACCUUCCACCCUCCCACCCACGUGUGUGUGUGUGUGCGUGUGCGUGUGUGUACGUGUGUGCGUGUGUUUUGUGAAUUCGUGUAAAGGCUCGCACUGUUAGCAGUUUACCUCACCGAAACAGCCGCACUCCCAGAAGUAGAUCAACAACCAUGUUCAGAUUUGUACUACUAUCAACGCUGCUGGUGGCCGGUGCCCUGGCCCAGUACGGUAACGGCGGUUACCACCGGGACCCGAAGACGGCGGCGAUCCUGAGCGAACAGCGCUACCUGUCCGGUGAUGGCAAGUUCGGGGCCGCCUACACGCAGGAGGACGGUACCGACUUCAAGGAGGAAACGGACGCCGACGGUAACCGGCGGGGCUCGUACAGCUACGUCGAUCCGACCGGACAGCGCCGCACCAUCUCGUACGUCGCCGGCAAGAAUGGAUUCCAGGCGUCCGGUGACCAUCUGCCGGUAGCACCACCCGCCCCCGCCCAGCCUGCACCACAGCCCCAGUACCAGCCGCAGCCCCAGUACCAGCCGGCGCAGCCCUCGUACUCCAGCGGUGGCCGCAGCUACGACGAUGACGGUCAGUACGAUCCGCGCUGGAACGACCCGAGCUUCAGCCAACAGAACCAGUACUCGGCACCGGCCCCGGCACCGGCACCGGCACCCGCCCCGGUUCAGCACCACAACUACCACCAUCAGCCGGCCGCCCCGGUUGCACCGGUUGCCCCGCAGUACAACCACUACCACGCGCAGGCCCCGCAGGCACCGGCGUGGACCACGACCCCGGCACCGCAUCGCUUCCAGCCGCCCGGCAAGCUGCAGCUGAACCGAACCCCGGACGGUUACAGCUACACCUUCAACAAGGUCUAAAGAGGUGGUGGUGGUCUCCCACAUCACUUGUCCCAUUUCCAACAACCCCCCAAACCCCACCCCACCACUCCUCCUCCUGUGACCCUGUAACUUGUUUUUUGUCCAACUGUUUUGUCGGAAGUAAGCGUUACUACCCUUACUAGGGGGUGCAACCCCGCUCCUCCUCUCUUGCACCCCUUGUAUGCUAUAUGCUGUGUGAUAUGUAAGCGAUGUUUGUGUUUUUUUGUGAUUGUGCCUGUUGAGCCACCCCCUCCCCCCUCCUUCCGGACUUGAUCCUUCAGGACCUUCUUGAUCCUCUCGAUUCCCAAGAUUCAACCACCGCUCGUUGACCUUCGCGCUCCACGUUCCCCCCUUAUUCUUAUAACUCACUCAUCAUCUUUCAAAAGCCACCCACCCUGGGCUCAACUCACGGCGACGCCGGUGGCCUCGUCCGGCAUGUGUGCAUGUGUGUAUGUGUGUUGUGCGCGCGCAAACGGUAUGCGGAAGUAGUAAGAGACACAAAAUGCUGAAAUGAAACUCUAAUCGAAAUGAAAUAUACAUGAAAUAGAACUCCACUCCAA